AUGCUGGAGGACGCAACUAUUUGCACUGCGAUGUGUACACUUGUUGCGCGCUUUGGACGCAGAGAAUACAUCGACAUACCUUUCGCUCGUAACCAGGGCAUUCCAGUGAACGGCCUCCUUGUGUCUCGUGUUCCAGAUUUGAUCAAAAUGGCCUUCACAGCUUCUGCGGCAUAUGUCACAGAGAUACGACUAGAAGGAUUGGUCGUAUUACGCGAUGUCAUUCAGGUGUUUUGCCAGGCCCCAGACCCUGACUAUCCAGACGCUCUCCUACUUGAGCAACAUCAAGCACCUAUCACAGCUGCACUAACUCCUGCCUUCUCUCCAGAUUCCACUCCUGAAAUUUUGUCUUCUGCCAUCGAGCCUGUGCAGUAUUCGUUGGCUGUGGCAUUGUCAAAGAUAGAGGUUGACGAAUCUGGCAACUUAACUAUGGGCAAUUUUGUGGACUUGAGCCCCGAAUCCAUCAGGCAUGUUGAGGGUUUCUAUCCUCUCUGUGUCGAUCUUGGCACCGCAAUGGUUUGCGAGCCUUCCAGUGGCUUUAGACCCGUCAUAUGCAAGCCUUGGUUAAGUAGUUCUGCUCCCAUAUCAUGCUUCGUCCUGGGCAACAAGAUCCUACAAGCUGUCGCGAACACUGUGAACCGCUCCGAUCAAAACAUUUCAGCUGCUAUCCUUGGGAAGGAGGGGACAUUUGUCAAUGGUAUCGACUCCGCAACAUAAGGGUCAGCACCCCUUUUCUUCCCCCUCUUUGGCCUUAUAUAUGAAGCACUCGCGACGUCCUCGCCAGACACCAGCUCACGAGUUAACACAGUGAUCGCCUGCCUAGGAGCACUUGAAACGCCUUCUCGACCCUCGCUACUCAGGGAAAGCCCUUUCAGAUCCUACUAUCUUUCAAGAAUUCAUGAGUCUCAAUCAUCG